AUGGCAGAAGAAGCUCCAGCUCCAGCCGCCGCCGCUCCGGCCAAAGCAGCCAAGAAGAAGGUCUCCAAACCGAGGAAGGCCGGUCCCAGCGUCAACGAGCUGCUCGUUAAAGCUGUGGCCGCAUCCAAGGAGCGGGGCGGCGUGUCUUUGGCCGCCCUCAAAAAGGCUCUGGCUGCCGGAGGAUAUGAUGUGGAAAAGAACAAGGCCCGCGUCAAGACCGCCAUUAAGUCUUUGGUGGCCAAGGGCACUCUGGUGCAGACCAAGGGGACCGGGGCCUCCGGAUCCUUUAAGAUGAGCAAGAAGGCUGCUGCUCCUCCAAAGGCCA